GUUUUCGCCAUUUUCAUUUCCACUUCUUCUCCCCCUCCUCCAUUCCAUUUAUACUUCGUCAACUCUAGGGUUUUAUCCCAGAAUAUCCCAAACCCACCCCCGUACACCUCAAUUCCCUUCAAUCCCACACCCCCCUCAUCUCCCUCCAAUGCAUCGCUGAACCAUUUCAUUCAUUUUUCUUACACUGCUUCCUACAAUCUAGGAUAUCUAGCUGCUGCAGCUUCUCUUCUCCAAUCUCUUUUUGCAAUGGCUGCGCCCAGGAAUGUGUUGAGGGACGAAGAGAACGCCGCCGAGGCUAACGGCACCCGGGAGGACCAUGACUCCCCCGCAGGGAAGCGGUUCAAAUCCGAUAGGUUUCCGCUCAGCAGAUGGGAAUUCGCUGCGUUUUUUGGGGUUUUCUUGAUCUUCUCUACCGGGUUGUUCUGUAUCUACCUCACCAUGCCUGCUGCAGAGUACGGGAAGCUCAAAUUGCCCCGCACCAUAUCCGAUCUCCGCUUGCUUAGAGACAGUCUUGCAAUGUAUGCGAACGACUAUCCAGUGCAAUUCAUCUUGGGUUACUGCUCAACUUACAUCUUUAUGCAGACAUUUAUGAUUCCAGGAACAAUUUUCAUGUCUUUGCUAGCUGGAGCUCUCUUUGGUGUAGUUAGAGGCCUUUUCUUAGUUGUCUUCAACGCCACAGCUGGAGCAUCCUCUUGCUUUUUUUUGUCUAAGUUAAUUGGCAGACCUUUGGUUAAUAGGUUGUGGCCCGAAAAGCUAAGAUUUUUUCAGGGAGAGAUUGCAAAGCGCAGGGACAAGCUGCUGAAUUACAUGCUCUUUUUGAGAAUAACUCCAAGUUUACCCAACCUCUUUAUCAAUCUGGCGUCUCCAAUUGUUGACAUACCAUUUCAUGUUUUCUUUUUUGCAACUUUCAUUGGCAUUAUCCCAGCCUCCUAUAUUACUGUUAGAGCUGGCCUUGCUCUUGGGGACUUGAGGUCCGUGAAGGAUCUGUAUGAUUUCAAAACUUUGGCUGUCCUUUUCCUUAUUGGAUCUGUCUCCAUAGUUCCUACUCUCCUGAAGAGAAAGAGGAUAUACGAAUGAGAUGCCUUUCUCAUCCUGCAAAAGUGGCAUAGUAUUGAUACCUUGACAACUCGAAAAUUGCAGAAUCCUGAAGGGAACAGCGCCACUUCUCUGUCAUGGAAUCCCAUAGAUAGUAGAUCAAGUAUUGCUGAUAAAAGACCGAAAGGGAAUUCUUUUUUGGAUAUUCAGAUGUAUGCUAUCUCCCCAAAUGAAUUAUUUACAUAGUGUUGGAGGCAAGAAUUUACUAGAAAGAUGUUAUACUCCCUUAACCUGCAGCAAAUUGCGUUUAUAGGCAGUAUUACUGUUUAAUCUACCUAUCAUAUAUGUAAAAACUGUAUUAAUAACCAAUUCUAGACAAUAAUAGUAGCUUUUGUACGUUCAUUCUCAUGUGGCUGUCAGUUGAUGCAUAAAUUAUUUUUCCUGUAGGGAUGCUAUAAUUUGCAUGAGAAAGAUAUGAAAUCAGUGUUGAUUUGCCCGUAAUUUUGUUUGUUGG